GUUUGCACAGUGCAACCUGCCCUAGAGUGACAUCACCACUGCAGCCUGCAUGGCAGGUUUGUCAAACCGGUGUGGAGUCCUACAAGGACUGACACUGUGCACGCUGCCAGGAGUGAAAGACACCUUCCUCUUGCUUUCUUUGGGGUGUGUUGUUGUAGGACAAGUCCAAAUCCAAGGUCUUGGAUUGCACGCAUGCAAAGAAAAACUGGCUUGAAACUGUGGAGUCAUUUGGAUAAAAAAGACCACGCCAAAGGAGAGAAUGGAAACCAAUGGGAUUGAAGUGAAACACGGUUUGGAGGAAGAUUCAGAUGUGCAGUUCCUCUCACAGGGAGGAGACCUCCUCAAGGUCCGGAGUACAUCCUGGAAGAAGACCCGCUACUUCAGAUUGCUGGAGGACUGUAAGACCAUGUGGCAUGAGUCGAAGAAAACCUUCAAGCCAAACCAGACCUGUGAGUGCUGUCGCAGCCACUCAUCUGCAUUUUCUCUCGACAGCAUCAAGGAAGUACGACCGGGUCGUCAAACAGAGGGCUUGAAGAAGCACACCGAGGAGCAUGUUGAGGGUCGCUGCUUCUCCAUCGUCUUCAAGGGUCAUCGCAAAAAUUUGGACCUGAUUGCGAGCUCAGAGGAGGAGGCCAGGCAGUGGGUUAACAGCCUGCAAAAAGUAGUCUCCAACCUAAACAACCUCAGCUACCAUCAGAAAACAGAGCAUUGGAUCUACAGCUGCCUGAAUAAAGCAGACAAGAACAAAGAUGACAAGCUGAGUCAGGAAGAGCUCCAGAACUUCUUGCGUCUAAUCAAUGUGGAAGUCGAGGAUGACUAUGCAGAAAUGCUGUUUAAGCAAUGUGACAAAUCUAAAUCUGGAUACCUGUCUGGAGAAGAGAUUGAACACUUCUAUGACCUGCUGACCCAUCGAGAGGAAAUUGAUGUGAUCUAUGGGGCAUAUGCUAAAACAUCCGGCUUUAUGAGCGCUGACAACCUUUUGCAGUUCCUGAUUAAUGAACAGAAAGAGAAAGCCACAGUCGCCGAUGCACUUGAGAUUAUUAAGAAACAUGAGCCUGAUGUAAAAGCUAAAGAGAAGAAGUUGCUGUCCAAAGACGGCUUCCUCAUGUAUCUGCACCAUCCACAGUCCAUGAUCCUGAAUCCAGAGCAUAAGGAGGUGUACCAGGACAUGACUCAGCCCCUCAACCACUACUUCAUCUCCUCAUCCCACAACACCUACCUCCUGAAAGAUCAGCUUAAAGGCCCCAGCAGCACAGAGGCUUAUGUCAAGGCUCUGUUGAAGGGCUGCCGCUGUGUGGAGCUGGACUGCUGGGACGGCUCAGACAACGAGCCACAGAUCUACCAUGGGCACACACUCACCUCCAAGAUUCUCUUCAAAGAUGUAAUCAAAGUCAUCAAGGAGUAUGCUUUUAAGACUUCUGACUACCCGGUGAUCCUCUCCCUGGAGAACCACUGCAGUGUGGAGCAACAGGAGGUCAUGGCCCACCACCUGAAAUCCAUCCUGGGCAGUGCACUGGUCACCUCUCCUCUGGGGAAUGUCAUGCCCACAAACUUCCCCUCUCCUGAGGAACUGAAGGGAAAGUUCUUGAUCAAAGGGAAGAGAUUAAAUAAACUGGAAGCCAGUUUUGUCAGCGAGAAUGCUGUUGAAGAAGACACUGAUGUGACAGAAGAGGAUGAAUCCAAAGAUGAGGACGACCAGAAGGAGCAAGAGAGGAGCAAGAACAAAAAGAAGCUGAACCUGGCAAAAGAACUGUCCAACAUGGUGAUCUACUGCAAGAGUGUCCACUUCCAUGGUUUUGAGGAGGCCAGAAAAAACCAGAGCUUCUAUGAGAUGUCGUCUUUCAAGGAGGCAAAGGCCAUGAAGCUAGCAGAGGAGACAGCUAAUGCCUACAUCCGUCAUAAUGUGGAGAAGCUGAGCCGCAUCUAUCCUACAGGUUUUAGAACUGACUCUUCAAACUACAACCCAAUACCAAUGUGGAACGCUGGCUGCCAAAUUGUGGCCUUAAACUUCCAGACAUGGUGUCCAGAAAUGGACAUAAACCAGGGCAGGUUCAUCGUUAAUGGGACGAGUGGUUACAUUCUGAAACCAGCCUACCUGCGGGACAAAGCCACACAGUUUGACCCCAUCACACUGACUCCAGGAGACUGGUUGCAACACAAGAUACUCCAUGUCAUGGUUAUAUCUGGCCAACAGCUCCCCAAAGUGAACAUGAAGAAAUCCUCCAUUGUGGAUCCUCUGAUUAAGGUGGAGGUGUGCGGCGUACCAGCUGAUGCCGCAGUGAAACAAACUAAUCCUGUCAAUAACAAUGGUUUGAACCCCAAAUGGAAUGAAAAUUUCCAGUUUGAUGUGUACGUGCCGGAGCUGGCACUGCUGCACUUCACGGUGGAGGACCACGACUCCACUUCUGACAAUGAGUUUAUUGCACAGUACACACUUCCUCUAAACAGCAUAAAAAUGGGAUACAGACACGUGCCUUUGCUCAACAAGAACGGAGACGUCCUCGCCUCAGCUGGACUCUUCGUGCACGUCAUGCUCGUCGAUGCCGAGUGAUUUCAUCGACUUCAUAUCACCCUGCAGGAACCUCCAUCACACAGCCAUGUUUUAAAUUCAAUUUUUAUGUGCAACUGACUUAUAGCUUUAGUUUAUGAUUAAUUUAUUGGCUUUAUCCCAGUCGAUUGAGAUGUUAAUUGAGAUAAAAUGUCAGUUUCCUAACAGGACAGUAAUGUCAAAUUUUAUGAUAAAGAGUUAAAUUUAGGUAAUGUUUUUUUUAAGGUGGUACAUGCAUAGAGAUCCUGUUUAGACAUGCUAGAUUUUGUUAGUUUAUAGUAAUGCUACAAAUGAAUCACAUUGCAAGGACUGUCAAAUACUUUAACGCUUCAGUUUGUGAUGGAAACGCAUUUUUAGAUGAUGUUACUGUAUGUCCUCAAUCUCUGGUCCCUAACAUGUUGUCUCCUUUAAUGGUUUUAAUACCAAGUCUUGUGAUGAACAUUUCCAUCAGUUUUAGUCCAAGAAUUUUUCCAUCGGAUAACCUUUAGUAAAUCUAAAUGAAAAGUUUAAAUAACAACUCCCGUCUUUUUUUUAACAUUACCAUGAAGUAUGAGUUUUUCACUGGA